CAUGGUGACAGUUGCCAGAGAAUAAUUGUCAUUAAAUAUUUGAUCGAUUUAAAAAAAAAUUAAUAUAUCUCAUUGAAAUGGCUGAUGAUUCAUUAGAAAUUUUGGAAGAGCAUCCCUUUCAUCCGACAGAUCCUCCUUACGGUAUGGAACAUUACGAUCUAGGGACAUUAACGAAAGAUCAGCAACGAACGUUAAAUCUUAAGAAAAUGAAGCAAAGAAAAGAUAACGAGCAGUACUUCAAAGCUCAUCCAGAAAUCAAAGGAUUGAUCUCAAUUCUCUUGAGUCAUAUUCUACAGACGAAACCAAUCGUCGACUUGCACGAAGCUGCUGGUGAAUUCUUCAGUAGACCACGACACAAAAUAGUAGCGGAACUGUUGGAUUACUUAUCAGAGUCCGGAUGUACAGGUAGCAUAAUAGACAACUUGCGCAAGGAUCUAAGCAAUAGCGAAUGGGAGGAUUCGACGGAUACUGAAAAUGGGGUUCCUUGCGUCUGAAUGAAAUCAAUAAAAAAAAAUCCUCCGGACACUCCAUACUACACUUUCAGAAAACAUAUAAAGUAAAGCUUCAUGUAUUUAAAGCACUGUACGGCAACAUUCUCUAAUAAUAAAUUAUGCAAUUCU